AUGGCUGUCCGUGGGUCCACGCUGCCAUCCCUGGGGCUGUUUCUGUGCCUCGGAAUGCUGUUUAUUUCUGCCAGCGCUGCAAAUGACAAUGACAUCUGCAUGUUCUUCAAGGCAGUCACCCCCACCACUGGCCUCAAGGCCAGUGCAGAUGUCUAUGAAGACAACAAGGCCUACACAAUAUUUGUUCCUGUGAAUUACAGUACCACCUAUGUGGUCCUGCGAGCACUGGACACGAACAACAACUCGAUAGGCCUCUGGCACAAAGCAGACCUCGCCUGCAACAGCAGCGUACUGUAUAUCAUGAAGGUCUCACGUGAAGGGCUCUUUGAGGCCAACUGGAAAUCUCCUCCUUCCACGAACACAACUACAGUCGAGAUACAAGCUUUUGCUGUCGAUGCGGACAAAGUGGCUACACUUUCUUAUCUGAAACUGAAAAAACACGCACUGACCACACCGUCAUACUCCAUGAUCUCCACGACCAGGCGAACAACCACCCCAAUCCUAACCACAACCCGAAUCCUAUAUCCAGCCUCAACUCCAACCACAACCAAAAGCUUGGCCAACAGAAUCUUCCUCAGCCCCAUCACAGAUGCCAUUCAGAUCCUGCUUGUUUUUCUCACCAGCAAACUCCUCUUCUAGAGGAUGCAAGGAGAACGACUGUUCCUGCUUCUGCUGCACCCUCCUACGUUCCAGCUCAGGCCAGGGCUCCAUCAUGUGUGUGAAUGAAGGCCUUAAGUUUUCAUUGUACAUCUCUACUGCCACUGCUUUGGACCAAAAAGGAGACUGGGUUGAGAGUAGCCAGUCCACUGCACUGGUGGAUUUGGGGCACACAGGUGUUCAACUGGAUCUUUCAGGACACAAAUUAGGCUUUUUGUAACCACUUAGACCUGGUCUAGCUGUAACCUAGAAUUCUGGUUCUAGUUUUAACAUAUGAACAGCCAGGUCCAUAGCCAAUCUAAAAUUUUUGUUCAUUGACAAAUGAUUCCCGCCUGCUAUCCCUGAGUCUCUGUGGGAAGAAUCUUUCCUCACUUUCCUCACUUUGGUGUGAUUUAUGACCAAACCCACGCAGGUUACAGAGCUUCUAUGACUCACGUGACUCAACAAGGAAAGGAGAAAUUGUCCUUAUGCUACUGGCAACACCAGUAGCAUCUGAACGGCAAGAAAAUAGGAAUGUAGCAUGUC